UUUUAGAAUUUCUCCCCUCUUUAAAGAACGGCUCUGGUUUUAAUUUCAUAAAUUUUUUCGCUUUCCCGUCUCGCUUCUUUCUCUUCCCGUUUACGGAUUUGCAAAUUCUUGGCAAUUGUGAAAGGGCUGAGAAUGAAUAAAGAGGAAGUGACGGAGUGAAACUGAUGGCGAGAACGAAAACCCACUAACAGAAAGUGAAAGUUGAUCGUGAGAGAGAGAGAGAGUAGUAACUUAUCUUAUGGCCCUCCGGUCUUGUUCCUUUUUCAUGGGGAUUGGGAAAACAACUUAACCAUUUCUGCCUUUCUGCCUGAAGCCUUUGCCUUUUUUGUCCAUAUAGAUUUUCUUCUUUUUGCCCUAAAUGUCAGGGCUCUUCUGCAUAUUGCCUGCUGAUCAUCUGGCUUGCAUAUGGGUUAUUGUGAUGGGAAUUGAUUCUUUUUCUCGUUGAAGGAGUAAGGGAAAAGAAUAGAACAAGAGACGGUGAUAGAGAGAACAACAGUCUUUCUUUUCUCUUUCUUUUUAUUGCCCAGUCAUGGAGGCUAAAGAGAUUUAGGAGGCAUUUCAAUUUCCCAAGAGUGUGUGUGUGUGAGCGUCGGUGUCAGGUUUCUUUUUUGUUUAAAAAUUUUUCCUUUUUUCUUUUCUGGUGUCUGGGGCGUGGAUAGUAUUCUACUUCGGAAUCUGUAAAGGUGGCUCUUGUGAGUUCUGAGUUGUGACAAUUACUAGAAACGAUUUAUGAUCAUCUCUUCCAUAGUCUAACUACAGUAAUCUCAGCUACUUUGGAGGGGCCGAGAAUUAUCUAAUACAGAGGAAGUUAUGCUGAGGAAUAGAUCUAGAGCAGUAACCAGCAAGCAAGCUUUAAUGACUGAUCACAGUUCUCAAUCUCCUCCAAUCCAGAACCACACAAAACCAACUCCAUCUUUCUUUGGUUCUCCAAGGUUCGAAGCUUUCACGUUUAAGGCUAUUCCUGAAACUGAGGCUGUGAUUAGUCCUACCUCAAUUCUUGACUCUACUAAAUCUCUCUCUCCCUUCAAAAACCCGUUUUGGUAUGACAUGAACCAACCUAAAUCCCCAAGAGUUUUCUCAGAGAAUCAACGCUCAUGGGACAAAUUAGACUCAAAAGGCAUUGGUGUUGCGCUUAUUGAUGAAAAACCCAACGAAAAGAUCAAUAGCUCUUUUUCUGAACCCAGUAACAGAAUGGUCUUGUUUGGAACCAGUCUGAGAGUCCAAAUCCCACCACUUGCAAACUUUAUGCUUUCUCCAACUGAUUCACCUAAAUCCCCAGCUGAUUUUGGAAUUAAAACUAGGAAUUGUCAAUUAGCAGCAUCUGGGUCUACAAAUUCUGGAAUCCAAACAAACUCUUCUCCUAGGGUGCUCACAGGAUGUAUAUCUAUGAGCGAGAUAGUCCUCUCUGAGGACUAUACAUGUGUGAUAUCUUAUGGUCCUAAUCCAAAAACCACUCAUAUAUUUGACAACUGUGUUUUGGAGAAUUAUUGUUCUUUAUCAGAUGAGUCCAACGCUGCCCAAAAGAGUUUUCUCAGCUUCUGUCACACAUGCAAGAAGAAUCUGGAACAGAAAAAUGACAUUUUUAUUUACAGAGGUGAAAAGGCCUUUUGCAGUCAAGAAUGCCGGUACCAAGAAAUGCAGUUAGAUGGGGUGGAGAAUUGAGAAUUUGAUGAUGCUUAAACCGUUCUUGAUACUCUGCCACCGCUCUCAGAGUUCUCAUCAAAGGCCAAAUCUUGCUAUAAAAUAUUGCACUAUUCAGUUGUUCCAUUCUUUGACGAUUAACAGUUGAGAAUGAUCAAUUGUAUGACCAAAGAUUGGGUGCUCUUUCAUUGUAGAUUUAAAUUUUUUUUUUCUUUUUUUUGUCUUUAACCCUCUCACCUGCAAAUAGAGAUAAGAGAGGAUGAAAUAUUGUAGAGUGGAAUUUGUUUAAGUGAUGGCUAAUUUUGGUAGUUUCUGCACUUUACCCAAAGUUUUUGGCCUUCUAGUGGAUGGUGAUGUAAGAUUGAAGACUUGCCCAAGUUGUUUUGUUCAUUAUUUUUUAUUACGAUGAAUGAAUAUAGCAAUAAUCACUUAUUUUAUUAAA